UUCAUUAAGCUUAUUUAAACCACAUCGAAACAUUCAGAAGCAACAAUUAUACUAAUAUAAUAAGUAUAAAAUCGGCUAAGGUUUUAAAAAAUUCUAUAAAUUACUUCCAAGAAACACAAAGAAAGUAUCGCUAAAGCCGCGUUUGCCCUGAAGUCGCCGCUCGAAUUGCACCCCUCCGUCGAACACUUUAUGCACGCCACUGUUUGAGUCAAUCUGGUGUUCGUUUCCCUAACCUUUUUACAUAUAUCCAGGUUUCCUUGCUCGGCCAACUGGCAACCCCGCAGGUAGUGAUCCUUGCCGUUAACUUUAGUGACUAAUUUGAGGCAAGCCAAUACCGGCGGCGUUUCGGAGAUAUCAACUUCAAACAAUUUCGCGUAACCUUCGUCCAUGUGCUGCGCGAAUUUCCUGGUUUGCUCCAGAGCCGCCGUGUCGCACUUCAUCAGGGAAAUCUGGUUGACUUCGGGCCUGGAGCAGUCGUCGUAAUUGUUGUGCGUGUAGCAGCUGUAGCAUUUCACGCUGUGAGCUGAAUCCUUCAUCAUUGUCUAUCGCGCUGUGUGAACGCGUUUCACAGAUAGCAUAUCUGUUGUGAUCCACUUGAAAUAUCGACUGGCUUUUGUGAGUGGAAUAUUCAUUCAAGUAUAGUAAAUGCGUGUUGUUGUAUUACAUAGUAGAGACUACAUAGAGGUUAAAUUAAAAAGUGAUAUCAUCGUGUGUUUAUGUUCGCUGUAAUUCCAAUUAAAAUUAGUUAUAUUUUCGUUCCUAUUAUGUUGUUAAAUUGAUACUGUUGAAAUAUAUAAUAAUCUUUAGGUUGAUUCGCUGUUGAUAUAUUUUGUGUGUUUUAUUGUUGGUAAACAUAAAAAUAGAUAGGAUAUAUUACAUUUUUCGGCGUUCCGAAUCGAUUUGAACGUAGCUUGCGCCAAAUUCAGCAAGUAUUGGAAUUAUGGAGAAGAAAUCUUCGGGGGAAACUAGUAUUUUAAGUAUUAUUUGUAGCGCUGUGAAAAAGGCAUCGGUGGUUGGUGUGGUUUACCUUGCUGGGUACAUGCAAUGGUCUGUUGGGUGGUUCGUAGGGCCGAUAGUACUUUUCGUAAUUAGGGAUCAAUGGAAAAAAUCCAGCGACAGGAAACGCGCCAUAGCCAAAGCUACAGCUUUAAGCAGCGAGCAAGAAGUGGUUUUGGCGAGGCUCGAUGAUUUACCGGCCUGGGUAUUUUUCCCGGAUAUUGAGAGAGCAGAAUGGAUAAACAGGAUAAUAAAGCAAGUAUGGCCCAAUGUGAACCAAUACGUGCGCGAAUUAGUUCGAGAUGCCAUCCAACCAAUCCUUCGGGAAAGCCUAGAAAAAUACAAACUCACCGGCUUCAAAUUCGAAAGGAUUAUUUUAGGCACAGUGCCAUUCAGAAUCGGCGGGGUGAAAGUCUACGACAAAAACAUCGAUAGAAACGAAAUUGUUAUGGAUCUUGAUAUAUUCUACGCAGGCGAUUGCGACAUAUCCUUCUAUCUGAAAGGAAUGAAAGGAGGAAUCCGAGAUUUCCAGGUAGUAAUCACCACUUUAUUGUUAAAUCAAGCAUCACAUAAUCCAAUUUUCCAGUUACACGGUAUGCUCAGAGUCGUAAUGAAGCCUCUCAUCACCUCGAUACCUCUAGUAGGGGGAUUGCAAGUCUUCUUCUUGAACAAUCCGGAUAUUGAUUUUGACCUGGUGGGAAUAGCUGAUGUCCUGGAUAUGCCUGGCUUGAGCGAUAUUUUGAGACGUAUCGUGGUCGAGACGGUCGCUUCGAUGAUGGUGUUACCCAAUAAAUUCCCCAUCAAAUUGAGCGAGGAAGUCGAAGCUGUGGAAUUGAAAGCGCCUGAACCGGAAGGCGUUUUGAGGGUGCACGUGUUCGAGGCGAGUCACUUAAUGAAGAAGGAUAUUAGUGUUCUGGGUAAAGGUAAAUCUGAUCCUUACGCGGUGGUGACUGUGGGGGCGCAGGAAUUUAAAACGAAAGUUAUCGAUAACACCGUCGAUCCCAAGUGGGAUUAUUGGUGCGAGUUUCAAAUUCUUGAAUCAAAUGGACAACAACUAUAUUUACACGUUUUGGACAAAGAUGAUACGGGUGAUGACGAAAACCUGGGAAGGGCCACUAUCGAGGUAUCUAAUGUCGUGAAGAAAGGCAGCGACGACAUGUGGGUCACAUUGGAACGAGCCAAGCACGGCAUGGUACAUUUGAGGUUGACUUGGCUCGCCCUCAGCAAGAAUUACAGCGAUCUAGACGCUGCCCUCACAGAAACCCAGCUGCUGCGGAACUCGAAUUUACAUACAGCCCUCAUCACUAUAUUUUUAGACUCCUGCAAAAAUUUACCUAAAGCCCGUAUGUCGACGAAACCCGAUCCGUACGCCGUGCUGAGGGUAGGAAACACCACCCAGCAAACGGAGACAGUCAUGCGAACGAUCCACCCGGUAUGGGAAAAGGGUUUCAGCUUCAUGGUGACGAAUCCUGCGAACGACACGCUCUCCCUGAGCGUCAUGGACGCCAAAACCAACACGGAAAUCGGCCAGUUGAAUUUCAAAAUCAAAACCCUGGCGGACAAACACGACAUGGAAAUGAAGAAGGAGCCGUUCUCUCUGCUCCGGUCCGGGCCGGACAGCAAAGUGGUCUGGUCCAUGCACUUGAGAAUAUUGAAGAAGGCGGAGAAACAGGAAGACUCGAAAGAGUUCCAUCGAAGUUCUUCCAACAUUUCCAAACGAUCACUAGAUGCCGUAUCGAACGAGAAUCAACCGAGCAAUGAAAACGUCAACGAAUCUACCGAGCCUUCAAUAGCACAAGACGAGGAUCACAUCGAGGAAAUCAUCGAAGAUUCCUCGAUAUCCAGCCUUAGUAACGUUCCAAUCACUGAAAAUCCGGAUAUCCUGUACCAUCGAACACCCAGUACAACAUCUUCUGCUGGAGAAGCUGGUCUAGGUCGCAUCCAGCUGACGCUUCGUUACAGCGUGCAAAGGCAGCGUUUGAUAGUAGUAGUGCACAAAAUUAUGAAUAUUCCCUUGAAGGAUCCGUCGAGCAUCCCAGAUCCUUAUGUGAAGCUCUAUCUGCUGCCGGAGAGGGCUAGAGAUACUAAAAGAAAAACUCAGGUGAUUAAGGACAAUGUUAAUCCGAUUUUUGACGAGAGCUUUGAAUAUGUGAUCAGCCAAGGCGAAAUAUCAUCGAAACUUUUGGAAGUUACUGCUUGUACUCAGAAGCAAUUGAUUUAUUCCAGAAGCAACGUUUUGGGACAGGUUAUUAUCGAUCUUGGCAAAUUGAAUCUGACUCAACCUUACAAUUGCUGGUUCGAUCUGCAACCCGAAAGGGAUUAAUUUUGUCAAUUUUCGAGUGAAACAUGAUUUUUUUUUUAAAUUACUCUUUUUUAAUUCGUCCGCUUGUUAAUUUAUAUUUUAUGUAUAACGUAUUUAUUUUACAGAAAAAUGUAAAUUCUUAACGUAAACUAGAAUCUUUUUAUAUUGCGCUCAGGACUUUUUGUGUUUGCUAUUUCGUUUAUUUUUGUGUCAUAUUUUUUGAUAAAUAUUUUUAUUAUUUUUUUUAAUAAAUAUAUAGAUUUUUAACAUUUUUAAUUAUUAAUCAAACGUGUGAUAUUCUUAGAAAAAAUAUUAAACUAUAUAAGCCAACAUUACAAUAUAUUUACAAUUAUUUCGGCCUUGUUAAAAAUUUAUAUCAAAAUGUUCUAAACAUAUUCUAAUAUUUUUAUGUCUACAUACAUUCA